CACUCACGAGUACUCAUGCCCAAGCCCGAGUACUCUGUCCAGCAUCCACAUCGGGGAAUCAACAUAAAUGGGUGGCUCCGCGGACGGUGUUCCAGCAGUCGCGCUUGGGCGGUCCGAGUGAGCAGUAACGGAUCUUCUGCAGAAAUCAGUGCAUAGAUACAGUAUCUGAAGGAUCAAAGUGUUGAAAAUCAAUUAAAAGAUGGACGAGGCUUCUGGCACGACGACAACCGAUGGCAAGUCCCUGGAUGAGGCGCCGGUGGCCGCAGGACUGGAGCCCACACAGCCGAUCGGCUUCCUGCAGCUCUUUCGCUUCUCCACCUGCGGGGAGAUCGCGUGGCUCUUCUUUGGGUUCCUCAUGUGCUGCGUCAAGGCGUUGACCCUGCCCGCAGUGGUCAUCAUUUAAAGCGAGUUC